AUGGCGCUCACGCUGACCCGUUCCGAGCGUCUCCCGACGGAGCGCGGGCCCCACGACGUCGGCCCGGGGACGUACGAUGUGCGCGCCCCCCUCGGCGCGGCCCCCGGAACGGGCGCCCCGUUUCUCUCCAUGGCAGAUAGAAACUCGGUGAAGAAGGUAUGGCUUGCUCAGAUGUUACAAUCUCAAACGUUACAAUAGAUUCUGGAAUUCGAAUUUGUGUUGCAUAAUGAGCAUGACAGACUCGCACAGCGUUCCACCUUUUGCAAUACAAAUUUCGGCAGAUUGUAGUGCGGUUUGGGACUCCGGAACUUGUCAUGCGCAGUCCUAUGAGACUUGGUUAGAUCAUGCACCUCUUGCGUCACAGAUUUCCAUAUUCGAUUGUAACGCUUGAGAUUGUAACGUCUGACCGGGUCAUAGAAGGGUGGCGCACCGGGACCGGGUGCGUACGACGUUCCGGUCGGAUUGCCGACGGACAAGGAGAUUCUCGCCGGGUCCGCGGACUUCCGCUCUUCCGCACCGAGAUUAGGGGAUUUCGGCGGGUUAGGAACCGCGGUAGAUGCGCCGGGGCCGGGGACCUAUGAGAUCGGCGCGAGCAGCUCGUCGAGUAAAAGGCCAAAGCAGCCGGAGCCGCAGCGGACCGGGGGAUUGGUGCUGUCGAGUAAAACCGCACCGUCUAUGGAAUGCAUAGAUGUCUGGAUCUUGAGAUGAAGUGACGACUUCUAGUGCCAGUGGUCUUCAAAAGUGACGACUUGUAUCCCAAAAUUUUGUCAUGCUUGGCUGUAUGAGGAAAGGUGCUAAUCAUGCAGGACUCAGUAACACAAGUUUCGGUUUCCAGAACAAGACCCAGACCACAUAUUUGCAACUCAUACCCUCCGUGCCGGAUCAACUGCUGCAAAGAGACGAAAUCGUUAGGGAGAAGCUGCAGGUUCUUGACAAUUUAACUGUGAUGAACAACGACCUUCUAUUGCUUGAGAUGAUGGGACUUCUGCAUCUGAACGACAACUUUCGUAUGACGACUUCCUUUUCCCAUACUAGCAUGCAACAGAAAUAAGUUUAAGUACAAAAAUAAUUGAACAUCAAUUCCAAAACAGGAAGAGCUGGAACGGGACCAGUUCCACCCAGACAAGUCAAAAACGAAACCGAAACGCGGCUCGGAUUUCCAUUCCUCGAAAGUGCUUCGUCCAACCCCAGGCGGGGGCGGCUCGAUAGAAACCCCGGGCCCUGGGCAGUACAACCAAAUACCAGCGAUAAAAGAGGAGCCUGUGGAUCACGAAAGCUUCCAGUUCAAGUCAAAAACAUUGCUGCCGUAUCAGAGAAAUCAAAAGACGACGACUGCAACGGGCCCAGGACCGGGGGAGUAUUGGAUGUUUUUUUUUCGUGCCUCCGUGCUUACCCCGAGCCCUUUUCCAUGCCAAAAAGCGGGAAAAGUAACGAAAAUAAAUGCUUCCAUAAUCGUACCCAGGUACCACGAGGCCACGAUAAAUCCGAAACCCAAGUGGGUGAUCGACCGCUUCGACUUUGGGUCUAAAGUAGCAAGAUUGCAGGACAAGAAAGCAUAUCAAAUGUAAAAAUGUCUGGGUCUGGAAGGUUGGAACUUGUGAUGCUAGCUUUGGACUCUAAAAAGAUUGUCUUGCAUGACCAGCAAUAGGAGCCCAGUUUGUGCUACGCGGGGAGGGCAUUUGUCAUGCGGGAUAGGCAUCAGGAAGGCCUCUAAAAAUAUGUGAUGCCAGACCAUGCAUUACAGACAUCAUGGCUCAUGGAAAAUAUGCAUGACAAAUCUAGAAAUCUUCCAGACCCAGACAUUUUUACAUUUGAUAAAGCAGAGGCAGUUCCAGGCCCCGGGGCGUACCGCGUAGAGGCAAGUGCUGGACCCAAGAAAAAAAGCAAAUUCGUUGGCGUGCACAACCCGGCUGUGAUAAUGGCGUUGCAGGAAAUGGUAUUCAAAAUUAUGAUAUAUGCUGUGUUACACCUAAGAAUCAUACCAACCAUUAAAGAACGUGAUUGUGCAGUCCAGCUUCGAAAUAUUACUUACGCUCAUACUCAUACAUACUGAUCGCUUUUGAAACAUAAAAAAGUCCUCACAUCACACUCUCACUACAGGAAGGGGUCCCUCUCUCGGCUUUCUGCAGCAGCGACGUGCGCAGCUGUCACAAAGACCGCGCGGUAGAGCUGGCACCACCACCCGGCACCUACUACGAAAACAUAAACAAGCUCUACGGCAGCAUCACCGCGAAAGUCGAGCAAAAAGCGUCCGUGGGGAAGCUCGGUGUGUUCGGCUCCCGAGCGGAAAGAUUUCCGCCGCAGAAACCGGAGCAGGGCGGCUUUGGCAGCCUGCUAGAGAUGGAGUACAGAAUGAUGGUUAUGUGUUGCGCACGCGCACCUUUACGCAUGUCUAUGUCUUUAAAUCUUUUUUGGCGGGCAGAUACAGAAGUUGUGAUCGUGCUAUGUGCGUGGAACAAAUUAUUCACUGUUUCUAGAUUCUACUGUCAUGCUGGUCGUCGUACAUCUGGAAUACUAGUAUCCUAUGAUCCCCCAGGUCUAUGUCCAGCUCGCCGCCGAAAGAUUCGCUCUACGGUGGCGAAAGCAGCAUGUUCAAAAGCACAUCUCUUCGCUUCGACGGCGAUGACGAAUUUCGGCAGAGGAAACCAGUGCGACCAACGAGAAAACCGCCUGCAACAAGCACGCAGCAGCCAGCGCAUGCGGGCGGGACGGAGGCAGGUAGUAUGUGACGAGAUGGGCCUCGUUGCAAAGAAAAUACUCUAGCUGAUUUCUCACAGAUAAACUACAACACCGACGUGAGACAGAGACACGCAAGCAAUCUAUGUUCCCGACGUCGUCGAGAAAGCGAAACCACGAUAAACAAUGAAAAAGCUGCAUUUUCUACUUUUAUAUCGAAAAAAAUAACAGAUAACAACCGCCCUGCAUCCCGGCUCGCGGUGGAGCAGACCCAAAACGCCCACCCCGGAGCACCACCCACCGGACCGCAACAGAACCAAACAAGACGGAACAAGCGCUUUCAAGGCCCCGGGCCGGGUGCGUACGAUCCGAAGAUCAAAACGGACUACCGCAAUCCGUACCGGCUCCCCAGAACCGACCAUCUUUCCUUCGGCAGCAGCUCCAGCCGCGCGACCGGUGGGGAAUACGAUGAAAAACCCGGGCCUGGGGAGUACACUCCCCACGUGUUCGGGGAGAUCGCGGACGCGACCAGACCGCGGCUCGGUCACGUCCCCGCGCAGUCCCAGAGUCUGCGGCCGAACAAGAAAGCCAUGGCGCCGGGACCCGGCGCGUACGAGGUGUCGAAGGGACUGCUGAAAAAAAGCUACAACACGACACUGAACAAGCGGUUUAACUGACGGUUGUUGCACUAGGAGCGGUGUCUACAGCGGCCUCAAAUAGCUGCACUCCGAAGCGAGGCCACUGGCACUGCAGCGUGAGAAGAAUUUGUAAAAGGAAAAGCUCAUGUCCUCAUCUCAGUUCCGCUCAAACACAUAAACAAACUAAAUUCAAUUUUCUCAACAUUCAACCUUAUUCAAAUCUAACAAGCAACAGGAUAGGACUCGCUCCCCUUUGAAGGAACGCAGUUUCUACUUCUUCAAGAAACCAACCAACUUGUAUGUGAAACAGCCAAGACCUCUGAAGGUGUCUUCAAUAGGACCAGGUGGCUCUGUGUCAGCAACAGCAAUCCACCCCGCGUUUCGGCGUUAGGAAAACAAGUGUAAAAAUGGCAAAAAGUCCACUGAAAUCCAGACAAAAAAAAAAGUGUGAGACCGGGUGAAUUCGGUUUGCCGCAGCACGUCGAGAC